CACCCAGCUAAAGAAGAUAUAAAUGAGCAACUCAGCUCAUUUCUCAGUGAAAGCACUUCCUGACAAGAUGAAGUCCUCAGUCUUCAUCCUCUCUCUGCUCCUCAUUCUGGAAAGACAGGACGCUGUGGUUGGGCAGUAUGGUGGAACAAAAGGUGGCUUCACAAAAGGUGGCUUCACGAAAGGUGGCUUCACGAAAGGUGGCUUCACGAAAGGUGGCUUCACUAGUAGCUCGUCGGGAUUUAUGAAAGGUCAUGUCAGUUAUGGGCUCAAAGGAGGCAGUGAUGAUGUAGCUGAAGAAAGUGUUUUCAUGCAAACAAAACACCAAGUAUAUGGCCAGGAUGGUGAAAUGUCACAGUCGCGUCUUUCACAAGAACAUACAGGAGUAAAGGGGGCUGCACUUUGUCGUAAAGGACAAGUGUCCCAACUAAAAUCCCAAGAAUCCCAAGUGAAAUCCUAUGGACAAGUGAACUCCCAAGAAUCUCAACUGAAAUCAUCCUAUGGACAACUAAAAUCCCAAAACUCCCAAGUCAAAUCCUAUGGACAAGUGAAAUCCUAUGGACAAGUGAACUCCCAAGAAUCUCAACUGAAAUCAUCCUAUGGACAACUAAAAUCCCAAGAAUCCCAAGUGAAAUCCUAUGGACAAGUGAACUCCCAAGAAUCUCAACUGAAAUCAUCCUAUGGACAACUAAAAUCCCAAAACUCCCAAGUCAAAUCCUAUGGACAAGUGAAAUCCUACGGACAAGUGAAAUCCCAUGAAUCUCAACUGAAAUCAUCCUAUGGACAACUAAAGUCUCAAAAUUCCCAAGUGAAAUCUUAUGGCCAACUAAAAUCCCAAGAUGCCCAACUAAAAUCCUAUGGUCAACGAAAAUCCUAUGGUGAAGAAUCCCAACUGAAAUCCUACGGUCAACUAAAAUCUCAAGAUGGCCAACUAAAAUCCUAUAGCCAAGUAAAAUCUCAAGAUACCCAACUAAAAUCCUAUAGCCAAGUAAAAUCUCAAGAUACCCAACUAAAAUCCUAUGGUCAAGCAAAAUCCCAAGAUGCCCAACUAAAAUCUUAUGGCCAAGUAAAAUCCCAAGACACCCAACUAAAAUCUUUUGGCCAACAAAAAUCCCUACAAGGUUUUUCUCAACAAACUAAGCAUAAAGGUUUUGCUAUGAAUGAGGAGCUAUCACAAGUACGUAAGCAAUAUAAUGAUGAUGAGAGUUCUGUGCAACAAAAGUCUAGCCAGGUAAAAACAGAGGAAGAUUUAGCCCAAUUUGGACAACAACGCCAGUUUGGACAAGAACGCUCACAAUCCUAUAAAGGAUAUCUUGAACAGUACAAAAAGAAAUCACAAGACCACUAUCAACAAAGAAGAAAUUUUAAUCAAGAUAUCUAUUUUACAAAGGGAGGGGCAGACCUAUAUCAAACUCAACUCAAGGGAUAAUGUAGUCAUCGACCAACUAAAGCACAAGAUCAAUAUCAAGGACUCACCUCGCCAGAGUCAAGUCUAUGAUACCUUCCAGAAGCCGCCUGUAAUAUGGUCCCAGAUCUCUGGUUCAUGUACAACCUUCUACUCACGUUUGCUCUCUGUAUAACUUCUAACCACGGAGCUUCCUCAAAUGCUUGCUUUCCAAUAAAAAUAGAACUUUCUGCAUCA